UCGUCGAAUUAACGUGUCAGUAGAAUUAUACUGCAGCCAUAUUGAGGUAUUUCAUAAAGUAGUUAAAUGUAUUGAAUUCCAUCAUAAUUUAGAAGCUGAUUGUAGUUAACGUCUUAAUCUGUUAAGUAACUAGUAGUGUUAUCUGUUAAAUGCAUGUAGGGGGGUAAAAAGUACAACAUGCGCUUGUGGACGAAGUAUUCAGAUGCUAAUAUCAAUACAUUAUUGUCAAAAUACCUCAUUAUAAGUAAAAGUCCUGCAUUCAAAAUCUUGCUCUAGUUUAAGUACAAAAGUAUUAUCAGCAAAAUGUAGGCCUACUUAAAAACAAGUACAAGUAAUCAAUGUGCAGAAAAAUUGCCUUUAUGUGUGAAUAUAAUUAGCUUUAUUGUUUUGACAUUUCUAGAUAAUAUUGUUGCAUCAAGUAGAAUUUUACUGUUGAAGACAAACAAAGUUCUGAUUGACUGUAAAAUAUUCAAAAAAUCAGACUAUGAUUUGACUUACAUAGUUCACGAGUCCACUAGUUGAAUAUGCACAGAUGCAUGGCGAAAGCGGUUUAAUAAAUGUAGUGGAGUAACUCUAAAUGUGUGUAUAUAUAUAGUAGAAUUAAAUGGAAAUACUCAAGUAAAGUGCAAGUACCUCAAAAUUGUACUUAAUUGACAAAAUGUACUUAGUUACUUCCCACCUCUGACAACAUAUCCAUCUGAAUUGUAGUGAAUUAGAAUGAUAAAACAGCAUUAAAUUAAAAUACUCAAGUGAAGCACAACUACCUCAAAUGUAGUUAAUUAUCUUAAGUAUCCCCGAUGCAAAUACACAGAUAGUCAGAAUAAAUAUUUACCUCUCACUUGCCCUAAAGCUACUGUACCUACUCCUGUUUGUUCUCUGUCCCAAAAACAAGUGUGUGUAGCAGAGGAAAAGUGUGUUCUUCCUUUGUGCCUCCAUACACUCUCUCACCAUCAUGGAUCCUGAGAAACACCACAGAGGAGAGACAUCACAGGCUGGCUGAGCAGCGUUGGCAGUGUUCCGUCCGCCGUAUGAGCUCUGCAGCCAAGAGGAGAAGAUCUCUGCACAGUGCCUUCCCUGUGCUGAAGCAGCCCCUCCAGCCCAUCCACCAACAUGUGUAUGAAGCAAACGUUGAUGGAGUUAACUGACAAGGCAAUGAAAGGUGGAGGGGAAAAAGCCAUCGCCAGACACACUCAGAGAAACAGGAAGUUGCUGGUCAGGGAUCGACUGCGCCUCCUACUGGAUGAUGAGGAUUUCCUGGAGCUGUCGCCAUUGGCUGGUCUUGGUCUUCCAUAUGGGGACAUCCCUGCAGCAGGCUGCCUGACUGGCAUUGGCAGGAUCAAUGGCUUGUGGUGUGUGUUCAUUGCCAUGGAUGCCACAGUGAAGGGCGGCACAGCGUAUCCAAUCACUGUAAAGAAACAGCUACGAGCACAGGAAGUAGCAAUUCAGAACCGCCUGCCCUGUGUUUACCUUGUCGACUCUGGAGGAGCUUUUCUACCACUGCAGUCAGAGAUCUUUCCUGAUAAGAACCAGGGAGGAAGGACAUUCUAUAACGAAGCUAUUAUGUCUGCGAUGAAGAUCCCACAGGUGUCGGUGGUGUGCGGGUCAUGCACGGCCGGUGGAGCUUACAUCCCCACCAUGGCAGAAGAGGCAGUGAUGGUGCACCGGAUAGGAACCAUAUUUCUGGGUGGGCCACCGCUCGUAAAGGCCGCCACAGGAGAGGAAGUCACACCAGAAGACCUGGGAGGAGCCACGCUUCACGCAGAGGUGAGUGGCUGUGUGGACCAUUUUUCCUUGGAUGAAAAGGAGGCGUACGACUGUACCAGAAACAUUGUGUCCACCCUCAACUUCCAACUGCCCGAGGAAGAGGAGGAGGAUGAGGAGAGAAUGAGGAAGAGGAAAGCUGAGGAAGAGCCGCUGUAUAGUUCAGAGGAGCUUCUGGGGCUCGCUCCUAAAAGUUAUACCCACAGUCUGGACGUUAAAGUGGUGGUCAGUCGGCUGACAGACGGGAGUCGCUUCCAGGAGUUUAAAGCUCGCUAUGGAACCACGCUCAUCACUGGCUUUGCAAAGAUUCAUGGCAACUUAGUGGGAAUAGUAGCCAACAAUGGAGAGCUGUCAUACCAAGCAGCUCUGAAAGGAAGUCAUUUUGUCCAGUUGUGUGACCAAAGAGACAUCCCACUCCUCUUCCUCCAGAACACAGCGCCUACCGCAGCGCUCACCCUCACCACCACUCAGGCAGAGGUGAACACUAACCGUCUGAAGGCUCAGGGUUCGAUGAUGUCAGCAGUAGCGUGUGCUUCCGUACCCAAAAUCACAGUGGUAAUUGGUGGUUGCCAUGGUGCUGACAGCUACGCCAUGUGUGGGCGGGCUUUUGACCCUAAUUUCCUCUUCCUGUGGCCCAACGCCAGAGUGUCAAUGACAGCUCCGGGUCACGCUGCCUCUCUGCCUUCCCCUGACAGUGAGGGAGAAGAGGAGAAGAAGAAGCUGGAAGAUAAGUUAAAUAAGAGACUGGAUGAGGAGAGCUCAGCGUUCUUCUCCUCCGGCAGACUCUGGGACGAUGGAGUCAUUCUGCCUCAGGACACCAGAAAGGUUCUCAGACACUGUCUGGAUAUCAUCAAACAGCAGCAGUAUCAGAUUUCCACAGAGAAACUCCAGUCAGCACUUCUGCGUAUAUAAAGGCAGCCUUCUUUCUUCUCCUCACUACCUCUCGACUCUACAAGCAUCUGUCCACUGAGCUGCUGUUUAUAAUUUAAUCUGGUUGCUAGAGCCCAUUGGUGACAUUUACCAAAAUGUGCCAAGAGGAUUCAAUGCAAGGCCUGGCCUGAAUUGAGUCUAACUGUUCAAUGUGUGGGAUAAUGAGCAUCAUCCUAUAAGUGAAAAAAGGGGAAAUUGCAGCAUUUAAAAUGCCCUUAAAAAAAAGAUAUAUAUAUAAUUAGAAAAACGUAUCAGAUACUGGGUAAAGUCACUCAUUGAUCAAAUAUUUCCAAGCGGUUCAAGAGUCCUCAAAUACUAAAUUGUUUUUUAGGUUUGGAGCUCAUACAUUUUUUUGUUGGCUUUAUGAAUCUAGACACUGAAAAAAGUCCUGGUUAAUCCUACAAAAGUGCCUCCUCAUUGCUCGAGUACAUAAAGAAAUGUUACUUUGAAAUUCACCCAGUGCUACAAAACGUGUGAAAUAUUGUGAUGAAUUUAUCACUGUUACAUUUCUUUUCUUAGCACAAGUACUGUUAUGGAGUGUCUGUUGUAUUCUGUGGUCUGUUUGAACCUCUACUGGGUUCAUGUUUUAUUUUUUUUUCACAGAUUAUCAUGUGCCACUUUUGAUUGUUUUGUUAUAUACACAUAUAGCACUGACUAUUUUUUCCCCUGGAACGAUUUAUUUAAAAGUAACUUCUGUCCAAAAUGAACACAUUGUAAGAUAGCAUGCUCUGUAAUUACAAAUGUAAAUUAAUUAUAGUUUUAUUUAAUUUGUAUACUAUUAUGAACAAAACAUGUAAAUAUAGUUUUAAAUUGAAAAACUA